GAAACGUUUUGGCCACACCUAUUAUCAACCAGCGGAUAGAUGGGUUAGCAACGCAGGCCAAUGUUUGCGACUACAUAAACAUAGUCAGCUUAAUGAAUACGUAUUAUUAAUUUAAAACGGUAUAUAUUUUUGUCGGCAUUUCAACAUAUAAUUAUGGAUUCCGUCAACGCUUUCAACUUGGAGUUAUUCACCAUGAUUGACAUGAAGCCUCCAAUAUCACGAGCAAAGAUGAUGUCAGUCACUAAAUCAGCAAUAAAGGCUAUCAAGCUAUACAAGCAUGUCGUCCAGAUUGUGGAGAAGUUCAUCAAGAAGUGUAAGCCAGAACUGAAGGUUCCUGGUUUAUACGUGGUGGAUUCCAUUGUCCGACAGUCCCGACAUCAGUUUGGAGUGGAUAAGGACGUCUAUGGACCCAGGUUCCAAAAGAACUUCACCCCGACAUUCCAGAACCUCUACCUCUGUCCACACGAUGACAAGAGUAAGAUCAUCCGUGUUCUCAACCUGUGGCAAAAGAACGCUGUAUUUGAGAUGGACGUCGUCCAGCCCCUGUUGGAUAUGGCUGCUGGCUCCUUAGCCCCUACUCCCUCCCCCCAGGAGGACCUCCAGGCCCAGCCCCAGGUGCCCAGUGCCUCUAUAGCAUCAGUCCAGACACCAGUCUCCAGUGCCUCCAUAGCAGCAGCCCUGCCCCAAGUCUCCAGGGCCUCCAUAGCAGCAGCCCUGCCCCAGCUCCCCCCACAGCUCCAGAACCCUGAGGCCCUGGCUGCCGUGGCACAGCUUUUCCAGUCUGGACAGGGACAUGAGCUUCAGAAGAUCCUCCAGAGGUUCCAGCCGGGGCAACAGACUCCCCCUGUGGUUCCAAACACCAUGCCUGACCAGAACCACCCACAUGUGGUCCAAAGCCAGCAUAAUACACACCACCCACCGUUGAACACACACCAGACACAUCCUACGGAGCAGAAGAACUCACUAGCUAAGAAACUCCUGGACCGUUUUGAUUAUGACGACGAACCAGAAGAAGUGAAGAGAGAGGAGACGAAUCCCCUUGUUCCAGGGAACCAGUAUGACGGCCAUUUUCCUGGUCCGAUGCAGCCCGACAUGGAGCAACAGUUUCAGGGCCAGCCUGGGAGACAGCAGACACCUGUUGGAGGAUACCCUGGUCUGAACAAGGGCUACAGCCAGAGCCAGCACACUGACCAGGGAAACUCCAGAGAAAGAGAAGAUCCGUCUGGGAGGAGGGAGGGGAGGCAGCGGGGUCACGGCAGGAGGUCACGCUCCAGGUCUGGCUCUCGUUCUCCCAGGAGAAAGAGGUCCCCCGGUUCUCCCUCCCGGAAACCCCGACAUUCCUCCCAGCGCUCUGGGUCCCGCUCCAGGGAGAGUCGCUGGAACUCCCCUCGCUCCCGCUCACAGGAGAGGAAGGAGAGAGAGAAGGACAAAGACCGUAGACAGAAAGGUCUGCCCAGCAUCAAGAGCCAGACACUCAGUGUUUGCACCACGACUCUGUGGGUGGGCCAGCUGGACAAGAAGACUUCUCAGCAGGACGUCAUGUGUUUACUAGAGGAGUUUGGGCAGAUAGACUCCAUCAAUAUGAUACCUCCUCGUGGAUGUGCCUACAUAGUGAUGGUCCACAGGCAGGAUGCCUACAGAGCUCUACACAAACUCGGCAGAGGAUCCUUCAAGGUCAACCAGAAGGCUAUCAAGAUUGCGUGGGCCUUGAACAAGGGUAUAAAGGCGACGCAUAAGAAGUUCUGGGAUGUGGAGCGAGGCGUCACCUACAUCCCCUGGAGCAAGGUGAAGAUGGAGGAGCUGGAGGGGUCCAGGGAGGGAGGCAUGCUGGACGCAGACACACUCUGUCCAGAGUGGGGAGAUGAUGUGAAGGAGCUGACUAAACCAGGAGGACUGAACAACGGAGGAGGAGUGGAUGCCAUGGAAACCGAGGGAGCUGCCACUGCCCACGUACAGGUGCCUCCAGUCCAGCCAAUAGGGUCUGUGGGUGGUCCCCCUGGCCCCCCAACCCCCUCUCUCACCCCCGGUGGACCCCCUUCCUUCCUGCCCGCUGGCUUCAACCCCACACAGAUGCCUCCAGGUUUCCCUCCACCGGUGGUGGGAGGACCAAGGAGCACCACAGAUGACUCGGGGUCUACAGACAAGGCUGGAGGGAGUGGUGGCCUCUCUGGCCCCUCAGACGCUCCAGACAGCCAGCUGGGAGCUCCAGGGCCAGGGGCCGUGAUGAGUCCUCCAGGCCCAGCAGUGUUACUAGGUCCCAGGAUGGCCAUGAUGACCAUGCAGCCUCGUUCAGGACUACCACCCCCUCAACUCCAGCCCACUUUUGCCCCUCACCUCCCUCCCCCCAACAUGCCCCCAAUGAUGAUGGGCUCCAGGGGCCCCAACCCCAUGUUCCCCCCCAGAGGGGGCCCUCCAGGUGGGUUCAGGAUGCCCAUGGGCCACCAGUCCAUGGAGGACUUUCCUCACGGACCCCCCAGACAUCCCUUCCAGCCUGGACCCCCCAGACAUCCCUUCCAGCCCGGACCCCCCGGGGAAGAAGGUGGCAACUGGGAGGGCGGGAGACACUUCAGGGGCGAGAGGCCAGGGUUCGGGGGACAUGACAGGGAUUGGGGGAGGUUUGGGGAGCAGGUGAGAGGGUUUCCGAGAGGAGGAAGAGGAGGGGGUUGGUCCAGAGGUGGGCCUGAGGGGAGGGACCGCUUCAUGAAUCGACAGGAUAGAUUUGAACGGUGAUGACAGGGCC